AGUCAUUAUCCUCUUUAACUUCAACACAGCUGAGGCGCCUCAACCCUUAGUCGACACUCGCCGAGCACGUUCGCGGCUCACCAUCCUACCUCGGAGCACCGCGGCACCACGCCGCAGGGUGACUGCCCUUUCCUGAGCUCCUGAGUAACAUGCGAGGCAUACCAAGCAUGUGUAAUACCUCACGACGCAAAGCGAUCUCCCUCACGCUUAGCUGCGUGCUAAAGGCAGGGUUGGCCAUCGCCAUCCUUACGGCGAUGCCGUUCGCUCAGGGGCGCGCCGCGUUUUCACUGGGCUCUGCGGACGCCGAGACCACUUCCAGCGCCGGCCGCAGCCUGCUACAGGCAGCCCUCCCACCAUCUCCCAAGCCGCCCGGCCUGCCCAAGCCACCUCCCAAGCCCCCGGGCCUGCCCAAGCCGCCGCCAAAGCCACCUAGCCCCCCGCCCAGCCCGCCUAAGCCUCCAUCACCCUUCCCGCCUUCUCCUCCUCCCUCGCCCCCACCCCCACUGCCGCCGUUCCCCCCGCUGGCCCCGGGCUCUCCCGAUCCCGCUGCCUACUUUGCGGCUCUGCCCUUUAAUGCCAAGGUCAUUUCGCUGUCGAUGGCUAGCAUCCCUCGCACUCGAAAGUACGUCCAAGGCUGGCGCCGCAUCAAUUCAGCAUGGACGCUCAUGGCCGGCACCAUUGAUCUCGACACCGGCGUGACGACCGGCUACGUUCCGGGCACAGCCAUCGGCUGCAGUGGCCCCAUCAUGUUGGAGGAUGGAUCCAUUGUUUACGUGGGCGGCGAAUUUGGCAACUCCGGCAGCAAGCCCGCCAACGUAGAUGGGCGUUUCAGUACCACGCGCUACGACCCCGCCACGGGCAAAUACACCCGCAUUGGCAGCCUGAGUGUGCCGCGCUGGUACCCCACCGCCCUCCGUUUGAACGACGGCAAGGUCCUUGUGGUGGGAGGCACCGCGGACGCCGACAAGGGCCCCGCCUACAGCUACUCUGAGCUGUGGGACUCCAACAACCCCACCGCGCCCACCGUGCCCGUGGCCCACCCCACCGGCUUCGCCGCAAACAUGGGCCUGAACUACUACCCCUUCAUGGCCCUUCUGCCCAACCGCGAGAUCUUGUGGUGGGGCAACCGCGGCGGCUCUAUCACGUCCGGCGACUUCCCCUUUGACAAGAUCAUGGAUCUGCCGCCCCUGCCUAGCAGCUACGGCCCGUGGCACACCAUGUACCCCUACACCGCCACUGUGGCCCUGCACGCGCUGCGCCCCAACGCCGAUGGCGUCUACAACACCUUCUCCUUCACCAUCUUUGGCGGCCAGAACCCCGUCAAGGUCGGGCCCAAUACGCCCGCGUGCGACAAGUCCGCCCGCCUGGACUUCACCUACUGCGGCGCCUCCAUGACCGACAUCUGCAUUGUGCCUGGUGUGAACGGCGACUGGCAGAUUGAGCCCAUGCCCGGCCGCCGCCUGUUAGCCGAUGCAAUCGUGCUGCCUAACGAGCGCAUCUUUGUGCACGGCGGAGCCACGACCGGCUAUGCGGGUGUGACUGCAACCGGCCUGAAGGCUGCCAACGGCGCCCCCGUGUCGUUGGUCUACGACCCAAGCAAGGCCGAGGGCGCACGUUACCAGACCACGGCGCCCGUGUUGAUCAUGCGCUCCUACCACUCCACCGCCUGCCUGGACGUCACCGGGCAAAUCUUCUCGUCUGGCUGCGACGAGUGCGCCCUGCCUGUGCCAGCCGGCUAUGAAGGGCUCAUCGACCCUAACCCCACGGGGGAUUUCGACUACCGCCUCACCAUGGGCACACCCGCCGAAAUCAAGGACGUGGACCGACCCGUGAUCACUUCGGCUCCUGACAUCAUUCACCGUGGAGGCACAUUCGAGGUGACGUACACCUACACAGGGUCCGGCAUCAAGGGUGUCACCCUCACCACGCCAUGUUCGUCGACCCACGCCAUCGACAUGAACCAGCGCGUGGUUGUGCUGCCCUACACCGUCAACACCGCCACCAACACCAUCACCGUCACCGCCCCUCCCGCGGCCCAGCACGGCGUGGCCGCCCGCGGCGAGUACGUGCUGUGGCUGCUGGGUGACGAGGUCGGGCAGUUUGGCAAGACCUACAGCCAGGGCCACUGGGUCACACUGAAGGAGGCCUAGUGGUGUGAGCAGCUUGAAUGUAUGGUGAACCCUCCCUUUCCACAUUCAUGCGUAUGCAUGCGAUCUUGUUUUCGCUGUUCGAUGUACUUCAUGCCUUCUAUGCCUACCCUUUAUUCAUAGCUCAGUGUUGCUUGACAUUAGAUAAGUGCCUCCCCCCGGGAGCAUUCGUGGCGAACAACAGACGCAGGCCAAAUGGCUGGGGACUCGACUGUAACAUAUUGGGCAGAACGGAAACGGCUGUGCCUGCUGGCAUACGCCAUGAUGUAAGAGGACUGAUAC